AUGUCCGUUGAGGAGUUCCUAGAAAGUACACUGUGGAGUCAGGGUCCCAGUUGGUUAACCUUCCCACGCGCAAAUUGGCCUGCCGGAAAGCCACCUAGUGUUCCAGAAAAUAUACUUGAAAUCCCACAGGUGUCAGCAGUGGUCCUUUCAGCUUCGACAGUCAAUCCUAUCUUCCUUCGAUGGUCAUCAUAUACUCGACUUCUACAUAUUAUAGGACACUGCCUGCGCUUCAUUAAAAACAUCCGCGUCAAUGCCAGAACACAGCCUCCCCCCGGUUCACAUCCAGCACUACGAGCCUUAAUGGUAAAACAACUAGCACAAGCCAAAAUGGCGUUAAUUAAACUUGCACAAAAUGACGCCUUUGACUCAGAGCUGAAUGACUUGAAGGAAGGAAAAACGGUAGAUAAACGCUCCAAGAUACGUCGAAUGAGUCCGUUUCUAGACCGAGAGGGGGUAUUGAGGGUUGGAGGGCGACUUAAACUAGCUCAACUGCCAUACCAAGCCAAACAUCCUGCCAUACUUCCCAGCUUUCAUCCUUUCUCUCUACUAAUUGCCCAUCACUACCACCAUCAAAUGCUACACGCCGGAGGACGGUUACUAUUAAAUGCCAUUCGUGAUGAAUUUUGGCCACUUCAGGGCCGCAAGCUAGCUCACAACGCAUGUAUGCGCUGCACUCGCCUUGACCCGAUAUCGGCACAGCAGCAAGUUGGACAACUACCUGCGCAUAGAGUCAUUCCCAGUAGCCCGUUUAACGUCAUGGGAGUCGAUUACGCUGGUCCGUUUUAUCUACGACCGGUACACAAGCGCGCUGCUCCUGCGAAAGCUUAUCUGCGCCUGUUUGUUUGUUUCGCAACCAAAGCCGUACACUUGGAACUUGUUAGCGACCUGUCUACCGAAGGUUUCCUGCUAGCGCUACGACGAUUCAUUGCUCACCGCGGCCGCCCUGCUCACAUUCACUCCGACAAUGGCAAGAAUUUCGAAGGGGCCAAAAAUAAGUUAAAUGAGCUGUUUGAUUUGCUGCGGAAAAGUGAGGAGACCGAGAAAAUCGUUUCGACCUGUGCUACUGAGGGGAUUACUUGGCAUCUAAAUCCACCGAAAGCGCCACACUUCGGCGGCCUCUGGGAGGCGGCUGUGAAGGUGGCAAAGCAGCAUCUGAACCGCCAGCUCGGAUCAACCCGUGUAUCCUUUGAACACCUUACCACCAUCUUGGCCCAAAUUGAGUCGUUGAUAAACUCCCGACCGCUUUUACCAAUGUCCGAAGACCCGAACAAUUUGGCUGCGCUCACGCCCGGUCAUUUCCGCACAGGAUCCAGUCUAUUAGCCCUGCCCGACCCAGACCAUCGAGAUAUUCCGGAAAAUCGACUUGACCAUUUUCAAAAACUACAGCUGCACGUCCAAAAGUUUUGGAGUCACUGGCGCACAGAGUACCUUCAAGAAAUGCAGGAUACCACGAUGAACGUCCGGAAUGAUAAGUUGCUGCCUGGCCGAUUAGUUAUAGUCGUCGACGAGCUACAACCUCCGAUCCGUUGGGCUUUAGCACGCAUCCUGACCACUUCACCAGGUCCUGACGGAUUGAUAAGAGUCGUCUCACUACGCACCGCACGGGGGGUUAUCACCCGCCCCAUAACCAAAAUAUGCUUGCUUCCGGAGGAAUACAUCAUGCAAAAUAUAACAAAAUCAUGUAGAGUGGCCCGCUCGGAGGAUGCAAUUAAUGAAUGCUGGCAGGAAAUCAGUAACGGUGUGGCAAUUAAGACAGCAUGUUGCCAGCUCGGUAUUCCCAGAUCGACGAUCAAGUUUCGGCUAAGCAAUUGGCCUUGCCAGCGUUGA